GAAGAACCAUCGGAGGCGGUGCGGGUUUCGCGCGCGGCUCGAUUUCUCGGGUGCGGAGACGUGGCGUCGUGCUUGUGCGUGUCGAAAAAAUCGAGGAUAAGCGAGGCGGCGUCACGUGUUGUCCUGGGUGUACACUCGUGCUUCGAGCAAUGCGUGAUUGCCCCCUUCGAUCCUGUAGCUUCACGGCUCAACUGCGAUGGACAGUGGUCAUGCUCUGCCGCGUCAUCGCACUGGCCGGGUUGAGCGAGGCUCUUCGGCUAGUGCGGAUCGACAUGCCGAGCGUCGUGAUUCGGGGUGAACCGCUCUGGCUGAACUGCUCGUUCGACCUCGAAUCGGAUGAUCUGUACUCCGUGAAAUGGUACAAGAACAACACGGAAUUCUAUCGGUACCUGCCCAGCGAAAUACCACCGGGGCAAGCGUACGACCUGCCGGGCGUCAACGUUGACGUCAGCCGAAGCUCGGCGGGCAGCUUGUUCUUGAAGAAGGCGGACCUGAAGACGGAGGGCCACUACACGUGCGAGGUGUCGGCCGACGCGCCAUCCUUCGAGACUGUCCGUACCGAAAAGGAGCUCAAGGUGUACGUGCUGCCCAGGAAGGGUCCUGCGAUUCGUGGCACUAAGCCCCACUACAGAAUCGGAGACGUGGUGAACGUCACUUGCUACGCAAGCGCGACAAAGCCACCAGCUGUCCUGAAGUGGUACAUCAACGGGGAACAGGUUCGUCCCGAAUACGAGACAGUGUACCCAAUCUUCCGCGACCGGGACCACUUGUACCACUCUUCAUUGGGCUUGACCUUCAAGGCCGAGUCCCGACACUUCGCCUAUGGCACCAUGAAGCUCAAGUGCACCGCUACGGUGUCCGGAGCGUAUUCGCUGUCCAGCGAGAAGAUCGUGGUAGCUGUGGACGCCAAGCGCACCGGGUCUGAAGACGACAAGCCUUCUAUUACUGGCGCUCAAGAGAGCUACCACGUCGGCGACUUGGUCAACGUCACCUGCAGCUACUCACGCUACGGACGCCCCGUCGACUUACAGUGGCAUCUCAACGACAAAGAGGUGUCGAACCGGUACCUGGUCCACUACCCAGUCCGGCGGUUAGAGUCCGGCCGCCAAGAGAUGUCGCUCGGUCUGCGGUUCACCGUGCGGUCCGGACACUUCGUACGCGAUGAGAUGCGCAUCAAAUGCACGGCCACGCUGCAGAACGACGGCAAGGGACCGCCUCUGGUGACGUCCUCUUCCGCCUCGCCCAGUGACAGCACUUACUCGGAAAAGGAGUUCAUGCUCGGCGGCAGCAGCAGCCACCGCUCGUCGGGUCUGCACGUCUCGAACCACUAUGAUGCUGCAGCGCUGGACAUCAACGGAUCAUCUCGACGGCUGUUUGCGGCAUGGAUCAUCCAAAGCUGUGCAGCCGCGUUGUUCGUGGUGUGUGCUCGGUGAGCACGAUGACGAGGCGAUAAGUUGUAUCCUGCUGCUGUUAUCGAGGUGUUAUCUGUCCAUCCGUUAACAUCGCUGGCGGUGUGCGAAACACCCAGCUACCACACGCGACAACUGUUUCUCGCGUUGACUUGACGUGCGAUGUGAUCAUGGACGGAAACAAUGUUGUGUAUAUUUUUCAGUGCCUUGCAAACUUCGCCGCGAAUAUUGUUGACGAACGACAAUAUUUGCCCUUGAUAUAUCUCCCGUGUUAAUAUAUUGUUCGACAGCUGCAGCAAUCGGCCGGAAGCGUAGUCUCUUACAAAAUAGUUUAAUAUGAACAGCAUUGCUAUUUGCACAUUUCAUAAUCAAACUUCAAAUCGCGGUAGUAGUUCAAGGACGUCUUAGUGCAAUGUUAAUUUGUAGCAAAAGUGCUUGUAUAGCUUGGUAUACGUAUUAAGAGCAGGGGGUUGCUCGAUGUCGCGACUGCAUAUAAUCACACACUUCUCAAAUGUAGGGGAAGUCUUUCGCACUUCGGCACGCUUGAAAAACUUAAAAGUUGUGGCUUUGCAUUAUAUUCCUCGCUAGUCUUUAAUCCCCGAAGCUCUCAGUGAAAAGGGACGCUUAUGGUAGGUAUUCUUUCUUUAAAAGCUGCUUCUUUUCGCUCAAUCCAAACACGAUCUAAUUUGUAGCGUCAGCUUUUAGUCUUGGACAGCCGAAUUCUCGAAGCCCUUGUGUUGGUAAGGGUAUUGUGGUAUAGGAUGACGUUUUUCAGCUCACGUAUGGCGAAAAUGCAAACCAUACAUAUUGCUUUAUAUUCAGAUAACGUGUCGAUAUUUAUUGGUUUUGCCUGCUCCCAGUCGCAGAAACAGAUCUUGUAACAUGUUAUCGACAUAAGCAAAAAAAAAAAAAACAAUAGGCAUGUUAAUUAAAAUUUAUAUUUUACCUGUCAGAUGCAUUACGCUGAGUAUCCACAAUUGCUUAGUCUUAGUCGAUAUGUACUUACAUCGUUUCUUUCACUUGCCGUUAUGCCUGUAUAUAUGUGCAUAAUGAUUGAACGACAGUUGUGCUGAUUGUAGCCAUCCGUUAACUACAUAGAUACGCAUCAUUUAUUAUCAAUGCAUGUGCUGCUCGUGUUUUGCGUGCCCAACUCUUUAAAAACUAAGGUUGGAAUACUAACUUUACUGAUGUUCAUGUCUUUAUUUAAAGAAGCUUGUGUAAUUUACUGGUAUCUGCAUUCUUUUGCUUUUAUCCUGCCAUCAUAAUCUUCUUCUGAAUACGGUUUUUAAGCGGAAUUUCUCAACGAAUUCGCAUUUCUCUAUUUCCGGGCAAUUUGUCCUCAUAAGCAGUAGCACAACCACGGCGCUUCGCUAUACUUGUCCUAACAUUCCUUUGCUCUAUGCUACACUUAUCACUGCAUCACAUCUGUAUCAAAGCUUCAAGAUCACACGUAAAUAAAGGAAACUACAUGAUUUCCCCAUGCUCAUAUAUGGUCUUAAAUGCCGAUGGCU